AAACAAGUCGGCAUUUCAUGUGCAAAUAUUAGAUUUCUGUCAAAGCCUUGGAAUGUUACAUUGUGUCAUUUUAACAGUUUGAAAUAUGUUUAAUAAGUUUGUGUAGCAUGUGAUUUUUUUACGAAAUUUUUAACUCGUAAAUUAAAAUGAGUUCAAUUUUUUCUUUUCGAAGGAAUAUUUUCGUUCUGUUUCAUAAAUAUGUCCAUGCUAGAUUCAUCAGUACUGAAAUCCACUGUAAUAGAACUUCUGAUUUAUAUUUUGAAGAAAACAUAGGACACACUCCAGUAAUGCCAAAUGAAGUGGUUGAAGCUUUAAAUCCCCAAGACAAUAAGGUAUUUAUUGACAUGACUUUUGGGGCAGGAGGGCAUACUCGCUGUUUGUUACAAGCUGCAAAAUUGAAACUGUUCUGUUUAGAUAGAGAUCCAUGUGCAUAUGAGAAAGCAGUAAAACUGGCUGAGGAGUAUGGAGAUGCAGUUAUACCUUUACUUGGUAAGUUUAGUGAAAUUCAGCCACUUCUUUUAAAACAUGGUGUUACACCAAACAGUAUUGAUGGAAUUUUAAUUGAUGCUGGUUGUUCAUCUAUGCAAAUGGAUUCUUCUGAAAGAGGUUUCUCUAUAAGUAAAAAUGGGCCUUUAGAUAUGCGUAUGGAUGGCAACAGAUUCCCUGAUCAACCUACAGCUGCUGAUGUAUUAAACUCUCUUGAUGUACCAAGUUUAGUAAAAAUUUUCAAAAUUUAUGGUGAAGAGAAAAAAGCUAAAAAGAUAGCUCAAGCUCUGUUUGAUGCUAAGUAUAUGUUGAAAACUAUAAAUACAACUCAUGAAUUGGCUGAAUUAGUACAAAGUACAUUAGGCAGUGAACAAAGGUUUGAUAAACUUCAGAGGACUGCUCAUGUAGCCACGAAGAUUUUUCAGGCUCUAAGGAUAUUUGUUAAUGACGAAUUGAAUGAAUUAAAUUAUGCUCUUGAAAUGGCACACUUAUUACUCAAGCCUGGUGGAAGACUUGCUGUUUUAACUUUCCAUUCUUUAGAAGAUCGCAUUAUUAAACGGCACUUUCAAGGUAUACAUAUGGAUGAACCAGUUAGUCAUACUUUAAGGCAAAAAUACAAGAAUGCUUUUGCUUACCAUUCUUUAGAAGCUGUAAAUGAAAUUACAGCAAAAAGAUGGAAUCCUUUGCAUAAGACUGUUAUUACUCCUACCAGUGAUGAAAUCGAGUCAAAUCCUAGAAGUCGUUCUGCUAAAUUAAGAGUUGCAGAGAAAGUUUUGGAAACUCCAGAAUUAUGAUGUUAUUAAGUGUAAAUAAAAUGUUUUAAAUAGUUUA